CCCUGGGUAAAGAGGGAUAUAAGGAAACAGUGCGGAUGUGUGGAGUUUAAUAUGUGUGGAGCUGAUCUCGACCUACCGUUGAUUUGGAGGAUCGCUGCCGAAAGAGGGACGUUGACCUGCGUGUUCAUUGCUACAUCAUGAAGGAGCAUAAGAUGGCCAACAGGGAGAUGAAGCAGCAGCGGGCCACCAUGGCGAGGAGAAGGAGGAUGGCAAUCAUGCAGGGCAGGGUCAUGCCUAGGGGCAUGAUGGUGGCCCAGGGCAUGAUGGUGGCCCACGGCGGAGGCAGCAUGGUGGGGCAGACGGCGGGCCAGCAGCCCCCACAGCAGGCCCAGAGGAUGCUGGUUCCUCAGCAGCCCGGUGUCCGGCCACAAACCCCGCAGAGACCCGGCAACAUCGCGCAAGAGGGCCUCCAGGAACUCCUCCGCACGCUCAGGUCUGCCAGCUCACCCCAGCAGCAGCAGCAAGUCCUCAACAUCCUGAGUUCAUACCCCCAACUCAUGGCAGCUUUCAUCAAGCAGAGAACAGCCAGGCGGUUGCAGCAGUUCCAGACGGCCCCUCCCCCAGCAGAACAGCUGGUAGCUUCACCUGAUUCUGGCUCUCCCUGAUGGGGACCGUUUGUUUGGCUUUUGUUCGCUCUGGGUUUGGAUUGCUUCCUGUCGAUUGGGGUUGGGACUGGUUUCUUUUGCCUUACUUAACCCACACAAAGGUCCUCCAUAUCUACCACUCAUGCAACACAUUAUAAGCCCGCUGUCGUUCACAUAUUUCAUUAAAUGCUAAAAUAAAAUCGGAUAUAUCUUU